AUUCGGUGAAAAAUCUGCUCUCGACAUGAAGUACUCUGCGUACGUAAUUGUCGUCCUUUGUACGCUUAGUGGAUUAUUAAGGGCUGAGCAAACAUAUACUGUGAAAAAUGAGAGAUUCGAAAGUUUCAAUGGCAUGAAGGAGACCGUAUUUCAUAUGAGUGAAUUAAAAUUAAUCGGACGGCAACGUCUAAUUAAUGGCACCGUCACAUUCGACGACGACAUGGCUAGCGACCACUAUAAAGCCCAAAUAGAGCUAUUCUCCUCACCACAGGGCGAUGAUCAGUACAAGAAGUUGCCUAUGGGUGUGCCGCGCACCCCUAUUUGUGAGGCUAUGAAAGAUUUGUACACCAAAAUACUGCAGCCGUCGCUUAUUGAGGGGGAAAAUACCAAUUUCCCAUUUAUUCCUGAGGAAGGUCUUUGUCCUAUACCGAAAGGUGAAUACUACAUAAAGAAUGUGGAGCUUAACAUCGACUCUUGGCCAAACCAAGCACCGCGUGGAAUUAUAAAAGCAGUGUUAACGCUUUUCAAAGACGAGAUAAAUGUCGGUGGCGGUACAUUGUAUAUACGUAUCGAAGAUCGUGAAUAAGCGCAGGAGAUAGCGUAUUGACUUUGGUAGUUAGUACUUAAAAAUUAUUAGCUAU